AUGGGCGACUACGGCGAUGCGACGUCGUCUGCGAUGCAGCUAGCCCAACGGGCUAUUGCCUUCGAUCAAGCUCAACGCUACGAGGAGGCCAUCUACUGCUAUGGAGAAGCUGCUGAUCGUAUCCUUGCCCUCGUUCAGUCAAAAAAGGCUUCACCAGCUUUCCGUAAAAAUGCCCUUGAAUAUGUGGAACGUGCUGAAUUCUUGAAAAAAGAUCUGCCUCGUCUACUGGAGUUAGCUAAGACCACGAAGACUCCAAGCAGAAUUUUACUAGAGAAAGCUGAAUUCGCCGUGCUGAAGGCUCAAUUGCUGGAUGAGUCAGGGCACUGCUCCUUGGCUAUUGAUUGGUAUUCAGAAGCAAUUCAAACAUGCAUUCAAGCGGGCGAAAAGUGUGCAGAAGAGGAGCUUCGGCAGAAGCUACGUAAAAUUGCCAAUAGUGCCUUAGAGCGUGUCGAACAUCUCAAAAAAGUUGAGGAACGAAAACGGAUUGAGGCACUCACCGAAAACCUCCCUGAUGUGCCAGUGGAUGAAUUAUCUCGCCUCAACGUGGCAGCCGACCCGUUUCCUGGGGGCAGCAGCCCGUCUCGAUCGCCUAUCACUGCACGUAAGGCUGCAGCUGUUGGUCUGACACAAGAAGAGCUCGCAGUGCUUGCAACAACAUCAUAUAUAAAUGGUCGUAAAUAUGUGCCUUUUUUGACCGUUGACCUCAGAGAGAAAUUUAACUAUUCGAUGCCAUUCACUGACAAAGAUGGUAAACUUUCCUUGACAGAAAAGCAGAAGAAGCGAAUAAAGGCUUGGUUGCGCCCCCAUGAAAUUUUCGAGGAACCCAAACUUAUAGGCACCAUUGACAGUGGUACUAUAAAGCAGACUGUGAUAUCUGAUUGCUCAUUCGUCGCCUCACUUUCCAUCACUGCCCGAUACGAAAAGAGAUUUGGUAAACAAGUCAUCACGAGGUAA